AUGGCUUUCAAAAAGUGCCAUCAUACCAAUAUCCAGCUAAUAACACUCAAAAUCUUCAUAUAUAUAAUACACCUGAAACUUUUCCCAGUGAUAUGUAUUAAUAAAGAAUCAUGUCCAAUUGGUUAUGCAAAAAUAGAUAAUAAUUGCGCCUUAUGCCUGGCAGGCACAUACGUCUCAACUUCAGGUAACAAAUGUGAACCUUGUGGCCCAGGGAAAUAUUCCUUUGCAGGCAGCUAUACUGAAUCUUCAUGCAUUCCAUGCCCUAUUGCAUUUUAUUCUGAGAAAAAUAUCAGUGGAAUAUGUACAUCAUGUCCUAGUAAACAAAUAACUCCCACGAUAAAAUCCAGUGGCUCUAUUGACUGCUUUUGUGCUCCAGGUUACAAGACUCAAAGCUUAAGAAAUCAAACCUGUAUUAAAUGUGAAGUCAAUGAAUGGUGUUAUUUAAAUAAGCCGAAUUCGGGGGGAUUCUGGAAUGUUGCCUCUUAUUGUUAUAGCAUUGGUAUAGAUAAAAUUAAAAAGUAUCCCAAUUACUCAACAACUUACAAGAUUUGUCAUGAAGAACAAGCUUUGAAAAGCCCUUUGGCAUCUUAUAUACUGCCUUGUUUUGGUGGAGAGGCUCAGUGUGUAAGUUUACUAGGAAAUAGCACGUUUAAAGAAGAUAAGUCUAUUAAUGAAUUACAAGUUGCAGCAUGCGCAAAAGGUAAUUCCGGCAUUUUGUGUGAUAGUUGUGAACCAGGCUAUGCAAAACUUAUAGAUUUCUCUGGAGAGUAUAGUAGUUGUAAAAAGUGUUCAGUACUCAACUGUAUUCCUCUUGUCAUAGCUCAGUUUAUAAUGUUAUCUAUUUCAAUUUAUAUUGUAUGGAUAUUACGAAUGGAACCAACUGCAAAUGAAGAAGAAAAUCCAAUAGCACAAAUAACUUUGAUAAGAUGUCUAAUUCAGCAUAUACAAGUACUAAGUUUGCUUUUUAAAUUUAAAAUUGUUGAUUUUCAAGGAUAUUUAGAGAUAUCAAAAGUAUUUUCACUGCUAUCUUCAGAGUGGAUAUGGAAUCCACUUCUGCAAUGCAUAGUAAGCAAAUAUGGUAUACCAACAAAUGGGAAGGAAUAUCUAAUUAUUUUUACUAUAGUGAGUGCAGCUUCUCCGCUAAUUCUGAUUUUUUUUUCGUUAAUUAUAGCUCCUAUUAUUUUGUAUUUCCGAAAAAGAGAAGUAAGCAAGUUUUUAAUGGGACGACGAGAAAUUGAGGGUGAAUGUCUGUAUUUUCAGAAGUCGUUUAUAUCAUGGUUUAUGAGUUUGUUAAUAGUUUCUUUUUUCGUGUAUUAUACGAGUAUAGCUCAAGAAUUAGUAUCAGUAAUUAAUUGUGUAGGACUACAAAUGAAUAUAACGUCAAAAGCUGAAACUUCAUCAUCUUCAUUCUCUAGUUCACCAUUAUUGAAUAGAUAUGAUAGCUUUGGCCAGACUCCAGCUACAGUAGAUGUAGUUAGCAUAGCAUCAGAAAAUACAUGUUUUGACUCAAAUCAUAAAAUUGCAAUAUUUAUUGCAGCUGGCUCAUUUUUUUUGUGGAUAAUUUUAUUUCCAUUAAUAUAUGCUUUCUUUGUUCAGCGAGAAAUGAAAACUGAGACACCACAAAGAAGACGUAUAUUAUUUGGUUGGUGGAGUAGUGGGUAUGAAAAAACUCAACGGUUUACAUGGGAAUUAGCUACUUGCUGGAGGCAGAUAUUAUAUCUUGUACUGAUUAUUACUAUUAGUUUAGCUCCAGGCAUUAAUAAUUCCUUAUUUUAUUAUGCAGUUCCAGGAGGAUCUGUGUAUACAAUAUCUAAAGUGGUACUAGUAGCUACUGUCGGCAUGUUUAGUUGUUUGGCUAUAACAGUCUUGUAUGACUGGCUAUAUAGUAUAUUGAGACCACAUGACAAAGACAGAUAUGAAGCUAUUUUAGAGAGAGAAGAUGAAGCACUAAAACAAGAUGAUGAUGAGGUUGUGGAGUUACAACAUCAGCAACAAAGAGUAGCGACUGGUGGGAGUAGAGUUCAACAAACGUACUGGAGCUGGCCAUUCUUUUAUUAUAUAAUCCAAAGGUUAUCAAAUUUUUGUAUAAUAUUGUUAUUAAUAGCAGUCAUAUGGCCAAGAUUAAAUGUAAAUAUUAUACCAUUUGUGGCUAAUAAAAGGGUAGAGUGGACAAAUAAUACAGAAGUUUUAAAUAUUCUAUCUUUGGGAUACUCACGUUAUUCAACAAUUGCAAUUUUUAUAUUUGCAAUUAUCUGCAACUACUUAUUGGUAGGCUUCCUCAUUUUGCUUUUGUUGGGGAUCAAAUUAUAUAAGCCAAUUACUACGUUGUUAGCAUCAAUAAAAAAUCGCUACAAAAAUGAUGAAUAUGUAGAUUAUUCUAGCUCUGAAAUACAUGAAAGUGGUAAUAUUGGCAUAAACUAUUCUAAUACUUCGCAUAAUAUAAAAAAACAAAUAUAUAGUAAUAUUGAUAAACUUGCAAAUUUGAAAAGGAAACAUUCAUCUUCACUAAUAGGGGAUUCAUUCAAACAUGUUAGCUUAAGAUUUUAUCAUGACAUGUCCACAAUAAAUACUGGGAAUAGUGGAGUUGAUGAUGAUGUUAGUAUUGAGCAGCUAAUAAGGAUGCAUUUACGCUCUGACUGUUUGGGAUUUUUGUCACAUGAUGAUAGAAUAACAAUAGUUUCAGCAAUAAAAAGAUGUGAAAGUCGCCCUGAAGGUUUGGCAAUAGCUUUAAGAGUUACCUUAGAUAGUAGAUUUGGUCCAAGCGAUAAUUAUAAUAUAAUGCUUGUUUCUGAGGAGUUGGCAGAGUCUUUAAGAAGUUAUGGAUUUUCUGAUGGCAAUAUGAAUAAACUAAUUGAGGAUUUGUUAGCAGUACACAUGACUAUUGUACAACGAAUAAAGUUUGUAACAAGCAGUAUGGUGAAAACUACAAUGGAAUUAUGUAUUCUAAAUUAUCCAGAAGUUGCUCAAAAGUUAGGUAUAGAACAAAUUAUAGAUCCAUCAAUUAAAUUGCAUGAUUUAGUUAAUAAAAGUAAUGCUAUAUCAGCAUUAUAUAUUGAUGAAGUGAGUCCAAUUGCGAAUGUUUCAUAUGAAAGUGGUAGAGAUCCAAAAGUUCGUGCACUUAUAGCAAAGUUAAGCUUGAAUGCAAUUAUACUAGACUUAAGCGAUAUAUAUUUUAAAAUACCUAGAGCAAUUCCAGUAAAAUUUCAGCUUAAACUGAAUAGAAAUUCGGGUCUAUUAUUUUCUGAACUAUAUGAGAAUAAUGAACUAGCUGAUAUAAGUAAAGAUUCUAUUUCAAUCUUUAAAGAUAAUGCUAAUCCAAGAUAUCAUACAGGAUCAAAAGAAGAAAUUUAUACAGAAUUUGAAGAUAAUGAAAGGAUAAAAUAUAUGAAAUCACUGCAAAUGCAAGAUAAAACUUACUCUUUACCAAUACCAGGAUAUACAUACAAAGAAUACAAGAAGCCAAAGUCACUAGAUAUAAAUUUGUUACUUUCGAUAAAAAAGUUUACAGAAAUAGACGCAAGACAAGUGCUAAAUGAAAUAGAUGAUCCCUUAUCCUUCGAGACAACAAAUGCUACUACUGAGGCAAUGAUCAAAAUCAUGAAUGUUUUAUUAUCAACUAAAAGUGAUAGUGAAACCCAAAAAUUCAAUCAAGAUAGUGAUGAAGAGCUAAUACAGCUUAUUCUAGGUUUAAAUCCAACAGAAAAUAUUCAUAAAGACGUUACACUUGAAUUACUAAAUUCUGUAGGAUCCUUGAAUAACAAUAUAGAAAGUGGUGCAAAAACAGGGGAUCUAAAUAAUAAAAGUAACUUCGAUAUAGUGACUUUGCAACCGAAAUCAAUAGGUGCAAGAAAUAUUUUCUUAGGUAAUAUAAGUAAUAAAGCUCCAAGGCCAUCGUUUUUUAAUUCAGAUCAUGGCCUGAGUUUAAUAACUGGAAACACAGGAGAUAUACCGUCUCUACUACAACCAUAUACAUCUAAUCUCCACUUACUGAGAGUUUUAGAUUUGAAAGAAUGGUUAAAUCAAUACAAAACAAAAUACUUAGAAGAAAGAAGAUCACAUAAUAAUAUAGCUAUAAAGCAAUCUCAAACAGUAGCUCUGUCAGAGGAAAGGAAUACCUCAUUUUUUGGCGAUACAAACAGCUUAUAUAUGACUUUAAGUCACAAUUUAGAUGAGGACAACAGUCAGAAUUGUUGCACUGAAAUGGCAAGUAACAAAUUAGAAAUAGGGAAUGAAGUAGAAGAUUACGAAGCGGUUGAACACUUGAAUUCUAUUACAAAGCUAACAUAUAACUUAAAUAGGUAUGCUAGUCCAAGCAUUUUAUUUUAUUACUUGCAAUUAAAUAAGAGACUAAAGUCUGGUUUAGAUCCUAUAGUAACGUCAGUUAUACCAGAUAGCGUAUUUAGCGAAGGUAAUAUAACUAAUGAAGAAGCAAUACAGGUAUAUCGUGAAAUAGACCCAACUUUAAAUUUCAUCGAUAAUCCAUAUGGGUUUAAGGUUGCAGCUAUUCAUGAAUUCUCUGCACUAAACACACCAAAUAUCAAUUUUAAAAAGUGCCUAGAGUUGACUAUAAAAAGACAAAGGAAUUUUAAUUUGUUGUUCCCAAAUGCACUACCAUGUAUACAUUCAAUAUUUUCUGUUCCCUUCGAUAUAUAUGAUGACGAUGCAUUGUGGAUACUACAAGCUUCAAAGAAAAAACACCAAAUCUAUAUACUUGAUCUACUUUCUAAAGAUCACCCACAGAUAACUGAAUUACCAUAUCUAGAAGACGAUAGUUUAGAAAUAAAUGAGAAAUGCUAUGGGAUUUAUAGUGAUAGUGAUGAAAAUACCCAAAAAGUACCUAAUUUAGAAUUAAGAUUAACAGAUAAGUACUUACUACAAGAUAGCCUACACGAUAGCAAUUGGAUUUGGAAAGAAAUACCAUUACAUUUUGCAGUAGACUUCAAUGGUAUGAUGAUACGUAGUUUACUUACAUCUUCUUAUGUUCAACAAAGCAUUUACAUAUCUGGGAAUCCAAUAUCAGCUUUAGGACCUAAUUCGCCACAUUGGGCAUAUAUGAGCCAUAAAGUUGAUAGAAGCUGUUAUUUAAAUGGAGUUAAUACUCUUAAUGGUCCAGAUAGUGCUAUAAUAGUGGUACCUGGCAUACAAACACAAGGAAAUAACUUUACUAUCGAGGUGUGGGCAAAAUUGCCACCACUGAACUUAAUCCAAAAUCAGGUAGGUCAUAAAAAGAAUGAUAAAAUUAGUAUUCCCACUUCAAGUAGCGAUAAAGAGCUACUAAAAGAUAGUACAAAUGCAAUUAACAUUACAGAAUCUCCAACAUUACAUGUUCUAUGUAGUACUGAUGAAAUGGAGGGGCUAUUUACAAUUCAUCGCAAGACUGGGACAAUAGGAUUUUGGGAUAGCAGUGGGAGAUUUUUAAAAUGUGUAUUAAGGGGAAAUAGUACGAGUAAUAUUGGCAAUGGUCGUACAUCAGCAACAACUAAUUCUGCAGCUGGUAAUGUUGGGAAUAGUAUUUUAGGAAGUGUACCUAAUAGUAGUUCAAAUUCAAUAAACAAAGUAGCAACAUUAUCAAACUUGUAUCGUCAGCUCAAUAUAAGAAAAAGGAGUACACAUUGCAAGAUUAUGAAUCAGAAUAUAGAACAAUUCAUUGAUUUUAAUCAAGACCCUUGGAUACUACAACCAUGGGUAUUAAUACAUAUAGUAUACAGUAUGGGUUUGAUUAAAUAUUUCGUCAAUGGUGUAUAUAUAGGUUCAAUUCGCAAAUUGAAUGGUCUAAAAGGUAAUAUCACAAUAAUAGGUGGUAGUUUGGAGAGUGGCUCAAAUUGGGGGUAUUUUAGCCAAUUUCGUGUAUAUGGUGGUUAUACUAGCAACGAGCAGAUAUUAAAUAGAUUUGAAUCUUAUGUUUCAUCUUAUGAAUCGAACUCCUUUUUUACAAAAAUCGAUAGUAUAGGGUCAUUUGUAAAGAAUUGGAUACUGAAACUAUGGAGAAGUGGUAUAACAGGUUUUUUUACUUGGAAAUAUAGUAAUAUUAAGCUAACAAGUAAUGAGACAACGUAUUUGAUUGAUUUAAUUAACAGGAAUUUUGAAGGUCUAAAUGAUAGCGAAAAAAUCACUGAAGUUGACAGUAAUACUUGUAAGAGAGGUAUCUUAAUAUUUGGAAUAAUUAUAAGGAUACUGAAAGGUGAAAGGAACUUCCCAUAUUAUUAUGUUUAUGAGCCAUUACCACACAAUUUGAGUAAAACAAAAAGCAAAGAUCCAGUUUCAAAUGAAUAUAAUAAAUACAAUCAAUAUUCAAUAAUAUCUUUAACUCCAGACUUGCAAUGCAAAAUUUCAGAUGACUAUAAAAAUAUUAACAUUGAUGAUAUGUCUAAUUACAAGGAAAACCCAUAUCUGUAUCAGCCAAACAUAGUUCCAGGUCCAGGAAUGGUAGAAUGCUUACUAUUAGGAUACAAUACAAAAAGUAACAAUUCUGGCUUGCUUAUAAAGCCAUCAGUUGAGCUAACAACAAAGAUCAAAAAGAAAAUUUCAGUUAUAAGGUCUAAUCAGCAGAAUAGUUCAUCUGGUACUGAUGAAAUGCGAGAAACAGUACAUAAUGGUUGGACAAUGACUGUAUGGUUUCAUUAUCCAUUGCUAAUUGAAUCUUAUUUAAGAGUUGAGACUGAAACUUCAAUAGACUGCACAAGUAAUGCCCCUAUGGAUAGUUUGGCUUCAUAUAAUUUAGGCGAUUCAGUUCGCAAUGAAACAGUGUUAGAUACAAUAAAUAACUAUACUGUUUUGUUUUGUGGUAGGAAUGAUGCUCACCUAGCUGUUAGUGGGACUAUGGACGUUGGUGUAUUUAAAGGUUUCACACUGAAAAGUGGUCAAAAAUUUUAUCCAUCAGGGUUAAAUCUGGAACGUGCAAAUUUACCAAUGGGUUGGCACAUGAUGACAGUAGUUGGGAAACCACGACUAAUGUAUAGGAAUAGUAAGUAUUAUUCAGCCACUGAUAAUACUGAGUAUAAUGUAAAGAAUUCUGAAGCAGAUUAUGAGAAUAACAAUAAAACAAAGAAAAAUGCAACUCAGAACAGGAAUAUUAAUUUAAAUAAAAAUAACUUGAAUGAAGAUUAUUCAAAUAUUAAUACUGGAAUGGAAUAUAAAGGAUUAAAUUUGAUGAAUGAAAGUUUAAAUAUAACUUCAAAUUACACUUGGAUACAGGAAUUUUAUAUAGAUGGACAGAUUAUGGGAAUUAGCUCUUAUUGUAGCUUUGACGAUGUUAUAAUGAUUGGUAAUAGCAUAUAUUUAGAGAACGCAUUUGGUAUAUUCACAUGCCCAAGAAUAUUUAAUAUACCUUUUGACCCCAUAGAAGUACAUGCUGACUUUAUAUCAUACAAUUAUUUAACUAAGGCAUCAAGUUGGAGCUCAACAGACGAUCUACUGUUACAAUUUGAUUAUAACCAAAUAAUUGGUGAAUUCCAAAUUAUUCAAAAUCCUUGCAAUAAAGUAAGAUAUCUAACAAAAAUAACAAAUGAAGUAGGUGAAAAAGCAAUAGACAAUGUUGCACUUAGUACUUGCAGAUCUUUGUACUGGUUAGAUGAAAUUGAAUAUCAAUCGCCCUUAUAUAGCCACGUAGAAAUAUUCUUAAAUACUAAAUAUAAAGAUAUUGCAAGCGUUUACUCAAUACCAGGUGAUAAUGAUACACCUAUAAGGUUGAAGAGUUAUGGUAUAAUAACUACACACAGAGGACCAACAAAUGAGAAUAUAUGUAUAGAUCCAACACAAAUAUAUAUAUUAGAAAAAAAAUCUGGCUACUUUAGUGAAGGUGGAAGGAUACUGCUAGAUCCACCUGUACGACUGAGCAAAAACUGGACUAGCGAAUUUUGGAUAUUUGUACCCUUUAAGCUAACAAAACAUCCUUAUUGUUUGCUAUCAAGUCCAAAUGGAGUUGGAUUUAUUGUUAUUGGGCUCAAUGAAGAACUAGGCUCUAUACAAAAAAAAGUGACAUUAAGUGGCACAAACCUUAGCAGUAGAGAUAGUAGUGAGAAUGUUGUAAAGAUAAAAAGCCAUAGCACACACUUUAUGUCAUGGGACAUAAACUUAAGACAACACUUAGAGUAUGGUUGGUAUCAUAUAGUAGUUGUGUUCAAUACAUCUCAAGACAAUACAAUAACUGUUUAUGUUAACUCAAACUGUAUUGGCAAGAAGAAUAAUUGUAUAGAACUACCUCAUCAUCAAGAUCCAUGGAUUUCAUGUAUAGGUAAUCUAAAGUCACCAAAAGGUAGUUAUAUAGCCCCGUUUGGUUUAUUUGGACAUCUCAAGAUAUACGACUUUGCACUGUCAAAUAUAGAAAUAAAUAUACUAUAUAAGCAAUGGUUGAGUAACAAGAAUAUAAAGAAAGAGAUAGAACGGGAACACAACAAGCAAAAUAAAUCAGUAAAUACAAAAUUUUAUUCACUAAAUGAUCAAAAUGAAGUACCAGAUCAAAUAAAUACUACCAUGAAGAGGAAACUAUAG